AGCUGUGAGAUGACCUGCGGGCCAGCGGCAGCAGACACGCUGUCCGGUACGGCCCAGGCCGCGGGGACGUCCUCUGGGGUCCAAAGUUCCGUGUCGGGGAUAGGGCCAACUGACCACAAGUGGGAAGCUUUCCUGCACGAGUUCCCCAUAGCAGUCGGCGCCCUCGUGCCCUCCAAGGAGGACAUUGUUGCCGCUGGAUUCGGGGACCAGCGCACAUUCUACUUUAAGUGGAGGAGAAUUCAGCUGGAGAAGCGUGUGACACAUGUCUCCGAUUGCUGUGGCAGGCACAGGCCGACAGAGGAAAAGGUGAAAGCGGUGGUGGCCAAGGAAAAGUGGAGCACAAAUGUCCCCUCGGCGUCGGACGUUCUGCAGAUGUGGCUAUCGCCUUUGAAGGCGGCGAUAGAAGACAACGAGAACGUCCUCAAGUCAGUGGUGGAGCAACGAUGGAAGGGCCUUGACUUGAAGGAUUUCGGCGAACCCAAGGGCAAAGGCGUAAUUGCGACCAUGCCUUUCUUGAAAGGUGAUGUGGUGUGCGACUACCAUGGGACGCUAGUCUCAGAAUCGGAGGGGAGGAAGAGGAUGGAACGCAUACCAGAGGGCCAGAUGUGCUACUUGUUCUUCUUCAGGGGACAGCUGGGGGAAAAACUAUGUAUCGAUUCCCAGACGUUCCCCUGCAAGUGUCACCCUGGAAAGGACACUUUUGGAAGGCGGAUGAACCACUCCAGCAAGGUUUUCAAUGUGAAGCCUGUGGCCUUCCAGCUCAACCUUGCGGAUGGACCCAGAGACACAAUACUCUUCUUGGCCACCAAAGACAUACCUGUGAACUGCGAGCUGCUCUGGGACUAUGGAGUCAGACGGGCGUCCUUCCAGGGUGAAGGCAUGGAUCUGGCAUGGCUGGAUGAUUGAAGACUUUUGUGUGUGUGUGUGUGUGUGUGUGUGUGUGUGUGUGUGUGUGUGGUGUGUGUCACAACGGCAAUGACGGUGUUUCUUACAAGUGCACAGCAAGCAAGUGUGUUUUGUGGCAGUUUCUACCCACAAGCCAUCUCUCUGAUUAACAGCUGACUCCUGACCCACAGUGUCAGGCUCAGUUCUGGUCAAUAACACUGUAACACGGUCUCUACAGCAACUGUAUCAUUCCCACUCUCACAUCUCACUUAUUAUUUAUUCAUCAUUCUCAUUUUCUCAAAGUUCAUAUGUUCAUACUGUUCAUACUGUUCAUAUUGUAAUAUAAUAACAUAAUACUAUCUUAACCCAGUACCCUUGCACUACGCACAUUUAAAUAAUUGUAUUUCACUGCACUCAUGCAUCUAUCUUGUUUCUGUUUAGAGUGUGUAUAUAUUAGUGUGUAUAUAUUAGUGUGUAUAUAUUGUGUAUAUAUUAGUGUGUAUAUUUCUGUUUUGGUUGAUAUGUAUGUGUAAGCACAGUGUGAGCAAUGCUCCAAAGACAAAUUCCUCGUAUGUGUCCUCAUACCUGGCGAAUAAAGCUGAUUCUGAUGUAAGAUGAGCCAA